CUCAAAGAGUAGUCAGUAGUGCAGUCACUCGAUGUAGUCGACUCUUUACCCACCCAACAGUUCUCCUCUCCUUGAUAACUGCGCAACUGCAUAAUACGACAGACGACCAUGCCGUCUCACCUGGCUUGUCCUCGACGUCGGCAUACUACCACGCAACGCCCAUAAUAAUCACGUCGUUUUCCCCUUGUCCACCCUACUCGUCCCACGUCGGUCGUCUCGGAAAGAGGGAGGAUCGUCCAUCCAGUCGACAGGACAUUAUGCUCAACAUCCCUCACGGUGCCUACCACCUCCUCACGGAUGACAUCCGUCGUCAACGAGAGAUGGCCAACAGCGACAUUGCCCCACACGCGGGCAUCUGGAAGACGAUGAUGCACAACAAGCACUCGAGCUUUCUCGUCAAGCUCACCAUACACGACAUCACCAACGUGCCAUUGGUAUCGGGGAGUUUCAGCGUCAGGUGGAAGUUUCGGGGAAGCAAGGGAGAUCUCGAUCUGGCACCGACCCCAACGGAACCAACCACAUCGACCCGAUCCAAAGAGUCCACCUCGCCUCUAGAUCGUUCUUUCACCGGAGCGCUGACAGGGAGGAACGAGAGGGACGAAUCGCACCAUCAUCUGCCGGACCCAUCCUCUUCAUCGACCGGCUUUUCUCGCUCAUCGCCCGAGUCGUCCAUCUACCCUUCCCCCUCAUCCACCGGGACUUCGACCCCUGCCAUGGUACCCGGACCCAUGUCAUCGUCACAGAACGUUCGGGAACCUAGUCUACACAACGGUCUCGCGUCGCACAACAAGACGCAAUCUCAGUCUUCGGCGGAGACGCAGUCGACCAUGGCAUCCUCUCAACAUCAACAACAGCAUCAUAGUCAUCAUCACCCCCACCUGCCCGGCCAUCACCACGGUCAGACACCAACCGGACCCAACGUCUUGUCGCUCUCCUCUCGCCCCUCGGUUCAGAGCCUGUUGGACAAGGAGAUCGCCUCGACCUUGCUACCCCUUCCUUCCAACGUGACUCACAACAACGCAUCGGCCUCGUCCAGUCGACGGCGGCAUCAUCGAGACGGCGACGAUCAUGAUCAGGAUGACCCCCACGGGGCCGACGAAGGGCAACACCCUGGUCCCGAUCAGAACGGUCGAUCGAGAACGGCCCACUUGCACGUCCCCCACAUCCUCCUCCAUCGGAGCGAGAAUACGAGCCACACGUCCUUGUCCAGCGCGUUUAGCGGGUUGAGCAGGAAAAAGCGUGGAGCGGCAGAUUCGGUCGAAUCGGGUUCGACGUUGAAAGGGUCGGGAAGGACCGGGGGCAGACAGAGGGUCUCGUCCCUGGCCUCGUCGAUCGACUCGGUACCCGAAUCCUUGCGCUCUACCGGCUCCAAGUCGACCGCCGAGCAUCAACCGCAAGAGGUCAAGCUGGACGUCCCGCUGGGUACGGUCACCACGGUGAAAGGUCGGACUCCGAUCCAGGAGUUGGAAGAUCACGGCGCGAGCUGGGAACAUCACGUGGCCCAGAUCGUACGGAUCAAGCUCAGACCCAUGGACGAAGAUGCGGCCGCGGCGUAUGCAAAGCGUACAGGCAAGGAGCUCAAAGUGCCGAGUGGAAACUCGAACGGGACAAUCAAGGAGCCUCACGGACGGGCCAGACAGGUCGGGGCCAGCUUGAUGGGCGGGAGCAAGGACGCCCAACAAUCGUCGUCCGAGCCGGCCGGAUGGCUGGGCGGGGGUGCGAAAUCGGAGAGCGGGUUGAAACUCGUCGUUUACCAACACUUGGCUGGGAUGGGACUCGAGACGAUCCGGAGCGUCAGUACUCGGAGCGAGGGCAACGAGGACGGCGACGACGGUCUGGAUCACGGCUCGAUCUCGUCCAAGACGUCUACCGCUAAACCCGGUCGUCAGCGACACGGUCUGCGGAAUCAUUCGCAAAAGCACGGCCACCACGAACACGAUCAUCCGGGGAUCUAUUUCGGCGAGCUCAACCUCGAUCUGGCAGAGUAUGCGAGCGAGGAGGCGAGGAUGGGUAAGGGAGGGGUGACAAGGAGGUACCUAUUGAAGGGAGGCAAGACAAACGCCAUGAUCAAGAUGACCAUCGAGUUGUCACAUUACGGGGGCGAGACAAAUUUCGUAACACCUCCUCUGCAAAGAGGUCAUAAUGUGGCGGGCCUGGCGGCAGUGACCGAAAAUGACAUUCAGCUCGAACAACACCUUGCCAAUCUCAAGGCGCCUCAUAAUUCGGCAUCAUCGUCCUCGGUAUCACUGGCACAAAGUCAAUCUAGCAUGCUGGACCGAUCCCGCGACCAACUCUUGCGGACGGUCUCGAGCGCGACGAUCCCGCUGACCGAGCAGAGCCGUGUCCGACCGAAGAAACCACCCGAGUCUCACUUUGUCGCUCCCGAACAUCAGCAUCGCUUCAACCAGCUCUAUCGUCGUGGCUAUCGCAACCACGGUCAUCGAGCCGUGCACGACGCCUUGAAGAUGGGCCAUCGGGAACAUCGUCACCGGCACCGUUCGUCUGGAGCCUAUUCGGGUGAAUGGUCGGCCGAACAAGUCAUCGACCUGAUCUUCAACCCGCUGCCCGUCAACCGUAUCGAAAGGGUCACGCCGUUUACUUACUAUGCCGAAGACGCCCCGGACGAUGCCGAGAGCGUGAUCAGGGUAGACAUGGAAGACGGCGCCGAAGCCCGUGGGGAAACGGCCUCGAUCGCAGACUCGACGGGGACGAUACACGAAAAGCGGUCACGCAAAUUUCUGUCGGUUUUGAGUGGACACGGGCUGCGGUCGAAUUCUAAUAUACCAACGCCGAAGGACGAGCAUUCCGAAAAGGACAAGGGGCUGGGAGCCGUAAACGGCAGUGGGACGGGUGGGAAAGCCAGGCCCAAGUGGGGUCGGAACAAGACCAAAAUGAACGAGUCUUGACGACGCGUUUGAAAGAUUGGUCUCUACACACAUAUUUUUCGCAUUUUCUUUACAUUCACAUAGCAAAGUUGUAGUAUCUACCUGGUACUGUGGUGACAACCUUACAACACACACCAAGCAUAAAUUAGUAUGGAUCACACAAGCGGGCCGUAAAUCGGGCGCUGUUGGCUCUUGAGCUGACCAAAUUUUUAGGGCUAUCAUACUGUUGACUCUGCAUAAGUGCGCC